CUCAUGCACGAUCCAAACACCACGAACCGUCCAGACAACAUGAUCGGCCCUUCAGUACCCGAAGAAUUCCUCAAAAGGAAGCGUACGCCUACACAUGAACCACAAGAGAGCUCUGAGGUCGUUCAGGAUCAAGCGCAAUCACCGCCGAAAGCGCCUUCCCCAGCAUCAGUUGUACCCGUGACGAAGCCAGACAGGGCAGGGCCGGAGCUGCCUCCACAUCUUCUCGCUGCACGAGAGGCCAAGCGGAAAGCACGCGCAGAGAAAGCUGCGCGAGAGGCUGCUGCGAAAGAGGAAGCUGAGCGGGAAGCUAAGAGGGCACGAGUUCUGGGUCCUGCCCCCCCUCCACCACAAGAACAUGAAGACAGCGACGAUGACGUUGGACCAAUGCUACCUACUGGUCCAGUGAACGAAAGGGACAUCGAACGUCAGUUCGCCCUCCGCGCCGGCACCGCCGCAGUCCCCGGUGCUGCUGCCACGGACUCAGACGGCAAACCCAAACGCGACGACUGGAUGCUCGCGCCGCCCACCCAAGCUGACUGGGCCACCAGUGCGGAUGCGAGAAAGGUUAGGGCUAGGACGUUCAAUACCGGGAAGAGUGGGAAAGAUGCGGCGAGUAGUGGUGGGGAUGUUGAUUCGAGGGUUUGGACGGAGACGCCACAGGAGCGGGCACGGAGGUUGGAGGAGGAGGUUAUGGGUGUGCGAGCUCCGACGCUACAGGGACAUGCUACACAAGUUACCAAGGAGGAAACGAGGGAGGAAAGAGAGAAGAGGGAGAGGGAUGAGGAUAUCGCGGAACGUGUACGGUCUGCUCGAGGUCCGAGUCUGAUGGAGCAGCAUAAGGAACAGCAGAAGGAAAAGGAAGAAGAGGAAAAGGAUGAUCCGAGUAAGAGGGGGUUUGAUCGGGAGAGAGAUGUUGUUGGAAGGAAGGUUACGGGGAAGAUGAGGGAUCAGUUGGUUGAGAAGGCGAGGGGGUUGGGGGGGAUGUUUGAGGGUGGAAAGUACUUGUAGGC